AGUCGCAGCAGGCUGAGAAGGGACUUUCCGUGGUGCUGCGUGUGCUGUGGAAGGAACGCGCUCCUGGCCGCGGAGAUCGCGCUGCUGCCGGGACAGGAACAGCCACAGCCUCAGCCCCCUCAGCCAAGAGGAUAAGGCUAGAAUCCAAGUGUCCCAUCUGCGGUCAGCUGAUGACACAGCCUGUGAGCUUCUACUGUGAGCACAGCUGCUGCCACGGGUGCCAAGAGGGCAGCGUUGAGGACAUGAAAGACACCAGGACCAGGAGUUCAGUCCCAGAGUCCAUGUCUUUAGAACCUUGCACUGACCGCAAGGAUUCUGAGCUCCACUGUGAUGUGACGAAAAAAUUAAAGAUCCACCUAGUCAUGACUUGGAGCUCUUCAGGAAGAGCCAAGGCCUCAGCCCCCACAGCCAAGAGGAUGAGGAGGAAAGCCACAUGCCCCAUUUGCCAUCAGCUGAUGAUGGAGCCCGUGAGCUACUGUGGGCAGAGCUGCAGCUGUGAGCACACAGAGGGCUGCUUUGAGGAGCAGCAAGAGAAAUCAUGGUGGAGCAGGUACUCUCCUCCAUGUCAGGCUGAUUUGGAGAGCGAGAGUGAUCGAGGUAUAAAUCAAGGUCUCAUUGAAACCCACCUGAAGAUGGAGCGUGAGAGGCUGUGUGAGGAACAUGGGGAGCAGCUCCACCUGUUCUGUCAGGACGACAGGCACCUCAUCUGUUGGAGCUUUGAGUGCUCCUCCCAGCACAGAGGACAAAAACAUCUUGUGAAGGAUAUAUGUUCAGGCUACAAGUUUGUUCAGGAGGCUUUGGAAAAAGAGAGAGACCGGGUAACAGAGUCUGAGAGUCAGAAGUUGAAGUCUAGAGAACAGUCAAGACAAUGGAAGAAGUGUGAAAGUGUCCUGCCUCAGGCUAGUCAUCAGGAGGCCAGUCUAAGGAAAAUGGAGCAAGGCAGAGAUGAAACAUACACCUUGACCAGGAGUUCAGUCCCAGAGUCCGCGUCUUCGGAGCCUCACACUGACUGUAAAGAUUCUGAGCUCCACUGUGAUGAGAGGAAAAGAUUAAAGACCGACGAAGCCAUGAUUUGGAGCGUUUCAGGAGGAGCCACGGCCUCAGCACCCGCAGCCAAGAGGAUGAGGAUGGAAGCCAUGUUCCCAGUCUACCAGCAGCUGAUGACGGAGCCUUUGAGCUUCUCCUGUGGGCAUAGCUGCUGCCGUGGGUCCGGAGAGGGUAGUGUUGAGGAGCAACAAGAGGAAUCAUUGUGGAGCUCGGACAGUCCUUCAUGUCAGGCAGCAAGUCAGAUGGAGAGUGUCCGGAAUGUAAAUCAAGACUCCAGUGAAACCCUCGGGGAGCCAGAGCAUGAGUGGCCAUGUGAGGAACACGGAGAACAGCUCCCCCUGUCUCCGUCCUUUCAUGAUUCUAGGAGUUCGACUCUGCUGCCUCUGAUUACCUGGCUGUCAUGUUUGAGCACAUCGCCCUCCCCUAGUCCUUUGUGUGAGGCAGCACGUGAACAGGAGUGUGUCCCGCUUGCAGAAGAAGCCAGGGCACCCUUAGGGGAGAUGGAGCAUGAGAGGCUGUGUGAUGAACACAGGGAGCAGCCCCGCCUGUUCUGUGAGGGUGAUGGGCAGCACAGAGGACACAACCAUGUUCUUGUCAAAGAAGCCAGUACAGGCUACAAGGACGAGCCAGACACCUUGACCAGGAGUUUAGUUCCAGAGUCCGUGUCUUCGGAACCACACACUGACUGCAAUGAUUCUGAGCUCCACUGUGAUGAGAGGAAAAGAUUAAAGAGCAACGAAGCCACCAUUUGGAGCAUUUCAGGAGGAGCCACGGCCUCAAACCCCACAGCCAAGAUUUCGAAGGAGGAAGUCAUAUGCUCCAUCUGCCUGGAGCUGAUGACAGAGCCCGUGAGCAUGGACUGUGGGCACAGCUUCUGCCGCCAGUGUAUAGAGAAUUGGAUUGAGCAGACACCAGGGACGUCACUGCAGAGCACAUCACCCUCCCCCUGUCCUUUGUGUAGGGCACCAUGUCAUAGGGAAUAUGUGCAAACCAACAAGCAACUGGAAAAUGUCAUUCAAACUCUCAAGGAGAGAGUGAGUGAGAGGCGAUGUGAGGAUCACAGGGAGCCGCUCUACUUGUUCUGUGAGUUUACCGGGCAGCUCAUCUGCCAGCUCUGUGAGCAGUCCCCCCAGCACAGUGGCCACAACCAUGAUCUUGUCAAUGAGGCGUGUCCAGGCUACAAGGAGCGUUUGGAAACAGAGCAACUCUGGAAAAGAGAGUUGGCGCAUCAAAGACAAGAAAGAGAAUUGCGGGAAGACAUCACGGUCAUUGUGACAGAACCGAGGGAACAGGAAGAACAGUGUGACAGUCUGAAGUUGAGCACAGGAGAACAAACAUGGAAAUGUCAGGAGCAUUUGGAAAAAGACAACAACCAUGUAAAACAGUCUGAGAGUCAGAAUUUGAAGUCUGCCAAACAAUCAAGAGAAUGUCAGGAUGUGAAAGACAACUUGACCAGAAAUCUGUCCUCUUCUGAGUCUAGGCGUUCAGUCCCAGAGUCCGUGUCUUCGGAGCCUCACACUGACUUCACCCAUUCUGAGAUCCACUGUGAUGUGAGAAAACCAUUAAAGAUCUACCCAGCCAUUAUUGGGAGCUCUUCAGGAAAAGCAAUGGCCAACCUCCUUGCUUCCAAGAGGAUAAGGAAGGAGGCCACCUGUGCCAUCUGCAAGCAGCUUAUGGCAGAGCCCGUGAGCUCCAGCUCUGGGCACAGCUGCUGCCGUGGGCGCGUAGAGGGCAGCGUUGACAAGCAACCAGAGGAAUCAUCAUGGAGCUCGGACCGUCCUUUGUGUGAGGCUUUGAAAAUUGUGAAACUCUCGAAACUACAGUCUGAGCAUCAAACAGAAGAAAGACAAAGGCCGGAAAAACGCAGGGCGGCUCGGAAAAGGAGUAGAGAACUGUUCACCCCAUCUAAGAGUAAGAAGUUGGAGUCAAGAGAAGACACAAGAGAACAGGAGGACAUGAAAGUCACCUUGACCAGGGGUUCAGUCCCAGAGUCUGCGUCUUCGGAGCCUCGCACUGACUGCAAGGAUUCUGAGCUCCACCGUGAUGAGAGGAAAAAAUUAAAGACCAACGAAGGAGGAGCCAUGACUGCAGCCCCUGCAGCUGAGACAUCAGGGGAACAACCAGGGACAUCAGGGGAGCAACCAGAGACGUCAGGGGAACAACCAGGGACAUCAGAGUACCAACCAGAGACGUCAGGGGAGCAACCUAAUUCUGUCUGAGGACCAGAGGAGAGUGACUUGUGCACAUACCCUUGAGAAGAAGCAUUACACUUCUAGGAGGUUUAAUGUGUGACCCUGUGUCCCAGGCUGUGAGGGCUUCGCCUCAGGGAGACUUUACUUUGCUUUGGACGUGGGAGAAGGAGCUAAGUGUGAUUUGGGAGUUUGUUUGGCGAAUGUGCCCAGGGACGCAGAGGGGAUGCUGGAACCUCAGUCUACUUUCUGGGCCAUCAAGUGCACAAACAAUGACCAUAUUUACCUGACUGGUCCUGCAGUUUCUCUUCUUCCUUGGGAGCCAUCCCAGAUUUGGGGGUCUUUUUGGAUUGUGAGGCUGGACGUGUAUCCUUUUACACCUGAAAGCUGGCCUCCACAUCGAAACUUUGGCAAAAGCCUCCUUCCAUGACACUCUCUGGCCCUUUCUCAGUGUUAGUCAUUCUUCUUUAUUCCUUCCUCCUCCAGAUGCGUCAGGAAACGAGUGAAUUCUCUUGUUGGUUUAACCCUCAUAGAAAUACUUUAGGGCAAAAAUUUCAUUUGUUUUCUUUACCUUAAUUUCCCCAUCUUGGGAACAGGACUGAGCUGUCAGUGAAUGAUCAAUAAUAAAUCUGCAUGGAAUGAGUGGGUAUAAAGACUUGAGAUGCUGUAGAUGAUCAAUCUGUGCUGGGGGGGAGCAAGAUAAAAGCCGUGAUCACAUGUCGUCCUCUCCGUCCCUUUUCAGUGGGGUCAGAGGCUUCAUUUCCAAGAGUCCUUCUCUGAGCAGCAGCGUGGCCAGCGGCCUGGAGGGCUGAGUACUGUUGGGAGCUGCGCUACCCAUGUUGUCUUGUUAGGGGGAAAAGGAUGUCCUAAAGCUAAUUCCAUACAGGCUUUGUGGACUCCACCCCCACCCCAGGCCAAAGACACUGGGAACUCCAAAUCCCAUCACCACCAAAGGGAAGGUGGCUGGGACCUGAGGGUGGGGUUAAGCAGCCAGGUGGAUAUAAAAGGCAGACACGUGGGCUUUGGGGGAUCCCCAUUUUGGCUCUCUGCCAGCUCGCAGCGUCCAGCCAGCUCUCAGAGUGACUUUGGGUUUCCAGGUCAGCGGAUCAGGUAGGACGCAUUAAAGACUUUAUUUCCCUAUUUUCUCCCUGAGUUGUACAUUUUCCUUAUUUCCUUUUCCCUUGUAAAUAAAUCUUUUAUUAACCUUUUGUGUGUGCCUGUAGUGGAGUAUUCAUAAGUCCCUUUUAAGCGCGCGGUGAGGACCCACAGCAAGGAACCCGUUCAAUAUCGGGGCUGCUCUAUAACAGUCUGACAAAAGUCCGGGCAUGGGGCAGAUUUCUGAAAAAUCAGAAAUCUCGUUAGCUGACUCCAAGAUUCUCCUCAUUUGUCUAUGGCUAGUUUCUACCAUUGCUAAAAUACGCACUUAAAAGUAAAGCUGCAAAUACUGAUCAAUCACUGAAUAACCAAUUUGAUGACAAAUGGCACUGCAUGAUACAAAUAUCACAUUUUUCAUAAAAUUGGUAGUCCUCUGACAAAAAGGCAGCAAUUCAACAUUUGGCUUUACAUUAACCAGUGAAAAAACUUCUGGAAACAAAAGGUUGUAAACAUCUAUCGGCCAAGUCUUUGAUAUAGAGAUGUGGUCUCUUGAGGCAAGAGCUAAUUGGAGAAAGAAAUUCCUUUACUUUAAAGUUAAAGAUAACAGUUGGGUGGCAGAGGCGAGCCAUGCUCCAAGUAUAAGAAAAUUCCUGAUAAACCAGGAGACACCAUAGUUGACUCCUGCUAAAUUCUUCCUGUUUGUUUAGAGCUGAUUCCCUAGGAUGUGACAAUUGGUAUGGUAGCUGUUAGAGUAUACAGUCAAGAAUAAGUCAACAGCAAUUUUGUGAAUGGUUGAGCUGAUAACCAUGGCAGCACAAAUAAUGCACUCAGAAAUGGUCAAUGUUACAACUACUGCCAUGUCAUAUAUUGACCAUUUUUGAGAACCAAAGGCUAUAACCAUCUCCUCCCCUACCCCUGAUAAAAUAUUCGUAGUUCUUUAGAACAACAACCAGCAACCUUAUGGAAGAGGAAAUUGCCCCUUGAUCUUAAAGUUAAAUACGGAAACUAGGCUGACUAGAUAAGUAGAGGAGUGAUAGGUAGAAAACUCUUUGUUUAGAUUAGGAGACUUCCUCCCUUCAUUGAGAGCUGGGGCUAGGGAAGAGUCACUGCGGCUUGCCUGGCAUUAAAGCCCUCCAGGCCCUUGGUUCCUUUAUAUCAAAUCAAUAUUAAAACAAUAUACUAUAGAUGAUGAUUUCUAUAUAAAAGGCUUCUGGUUUUUACUUUAAUCAAUUAGUUAUAUGUUAGUCUAAACUUUAUAGGUUAGUUAGAAAUAAUCUCUUUGUCUCCCUUCCCCCAGGUAACCUCCUGCCCUUUGUUUCCCUCAGCCCUUAGUUAAUUGUUCACCAUGGCAAACUUAGAAAUGUUAGUUGCAGACACAUAGGCUUUUUUUUGCUAGUAGUACAAUAACUGUUGGAUUGUAAAUAACUACUUUGAAAACAUUUGUUUAGCACCUGUGCCUUCUUUAAGACAAAGAAUAAUACAUGUUACACCUCUGUGGGAAGGCAAACAGACCCUUGGCUGCUCCUGAAAAAGGACAUGUGAUGAUGAUUACCUUCCUACCUUAUGCUUGUGCACUCACGAUUUGCUUAGUAUAAAUAAAGGACUGCUGAGACCCUCAGUAGGAUGAUGUCAGCACCCUGAUCAAGUGUCCGU